AGACUAUUACAGUACUUGUAGUUUUGACUUGUCAUCCCAAACCCUCCAAACAAAACAACAAUAGCUAUCUUCCAAAACACCCAACUUUGUCAAAAUCUUCUUCUUUUCUUCAAUCUCCAAUUAACAUUCACCAAGGUGCUGUGCUCUCAUCAUUUUCUCUACUCCUUUUUUCCUUUUAAUUCAUUUUUCCAAUUGUUUUUAUUCUCUCUCUCUCUCUCUCUCUCUCUUAUAAUCUUUACCCUCUCUUCUACUUCUACAAUUUCUCUUCUUCAACACACUCUUAGAGGUGAUGGGCCCUAAAUUCCACUGAAUUUUUCAUUCUAAGAAUCAAAAGGGUAUCUUUACCUCUUUCAGUGCUUCCCCUUUGUUCCAAUUUCCUGCUGUAUCGCAUUUAGUGUUUUUUUUUACUCUCUUUUUAACUCACAAGAUAAGAUUUAGGACAUUUUAUUUUACUUGAUUGAUUCUUUGCUAUUUUUUUUAUAUCUCAAAUGGGUUUUCUUUAUGAGACUUGAUUCUCUCAAAUUUUGUGUUGGGUAUGGUGUUUGAGUGAUAAAGACUUGAUUUUUUGUGCUGCACUUUUGCUUUGAACCCUUGCAGACAAGGAAGAUGGAUAGAGUUCUUCAACCUCCUUUGGUUGAUACUACUUCAUGUUUAUGUAGAGUAGAUACAAGCCUGAGAACUGUUACUGGAGCAAAGAAGUAUGUUCCUGGAACAAAGCUCUGUCUUCGGCCUGACAUUAAACAUUCCAUUCACCCGACAAGAAACAAGCCAGCACGUGGUGACAGAAGUUGCAAUCAAUCCCCACUACUUCCAGGACUCCCUGAUGAUCUUGCUAUUGCUUGCCUAAUCCGAGUCCCGCGGAUUGAACACCGUAAACUUCGGCUAGUCUGCAAAAGAUGGUAUAGGCUUUUGAUUGGUAACUUUUUUUACUCUCUGCGCAAGAGUCUCGGAAUAACAGAAGAGUGGAUAUAUGUCAUUAAGAGAGACCGAGAUGGGAAAAUCUCUUGGCAUGCUUUUGAUCCUGUAUAUCAACAAUGGCAGCCCCUGCCUCCUGUUCCUAAGGAAUAUUCUGGAGCUCUUGGUUUUGGCUGUGCUGUUCUGAAUGGCUGUCACCUAUACUUGUUUGGUGGGAAGGAUCCACUAAAGGGAUCCAUGAGACGUGUCAUUUUUUAUAGUACUAGAACAAAUAAAUGGCACCGUGCUCCAGACAUGCUUCGCAGGCGGAACUUCUUUGGCUCCUGCGUUAUAAACAAUUGUCUAUAUGUGGCUGGUGGGGAGAAUGAAGGUGUACAUCGGUCGUUGAGAUCGGCGGAAGUUUAUGAUCCCAACAAAAAUCGAUGGUCAUUUAUUUCAGAUAUGAGCACUGCAAUGGUUCCUUUCAUUGGAGUUGUCUAUGAUGGGAAGUGGUUUCUAAAGGGACUUGGUUCUCAUCGACAGGUUCUGAGUGAGGUCUAUCAGCCAGAGAAUGAUCGUUGGUACCCUGUUCAAGAUGGAAUGGUUUCCGGGUGGAGGAACCCUAGCACUACCCUUAAUGGAAUACUUUAUGCUUUAGAAUGCAAGGAUGGCUGCAAACUUAGGGUUUACGAUGAUGCUACUGAUUCGUGGAGCAAGCAUAUUGACAGUCGAGUGCAUUUGGGAAGCUCACGGGCUUUGGAGGCCGCUGCCCUUGUCCCCCUCAAUGGGAAACUGUGUAUUAUCCGGAACAAUAUGAGCAUUUCUCUGGUUGAUGUUUCAAAACUUGAAGAUUUGAAAGGAUCUUCUGCUGAACAGUUAUGGGAAACUAUUGCAGGGAAAGGACAUUUCAAGACCUUGAUCACAAAUAUGUUGUCUAGCCUUGCUGGUAGAAACCGACUCAAAACUCACAUAGUUCACUGUCAGGUUCUUCAAGCUUAAAGGUUGUGUAUAGUGCCAAAAAAUUGACGAGGAGUUCCAUCACGUGUUAAAACAUCUUAUCUAGAUCAUAUGCAUGGCAAAUCUUACCAGAACGCCAUGCUGCAGUUCAAUGCCGCAUUCCAUCUCAAAACUGUUGCUCUCGUAAGAGGUGAUAUAUCAGUGAAAUAUUUUUUGAUCUUAUAGAGCUACAGAUAUUGAUACACAACUGUUACAUUUUGAAAAUUUAGUAGGCUGUUUACCAUGUCUUAUGGUUUAUUAUUAGCCUUUUUUUCAUGUUUCUGCAAACAAUGUAUAACAUAAAGAAGUACUUAGGGUCCGUUUGGUAUUCUCAUAAAAUUGAGGGUGAAAAAUUCAAGAACCAGUUUUGAAUAUAAAUUUUCAUAUAUAACUCAUCUAUGAAUUUUUCACCCUCAUUUUCUGCAGUGACUACCACAACUGUUCAUGUUCAUCAACUCUAAAUAUAUAUACAACUCUUGCAUUACAGAUUCA